AUGAAGGCGCUGGGGGUCGUGGUGCUGGCCCUGCUGCUGUGCCGGCAGCCAGGUGCGGGGAGAGGGUGGGCGCAGGAGGACAAGGACGAUGACGACGUGGGGCUGGACGGCUACGAUGAUGAAGAGGAGGAGGAGGAGGAGGCCGGCGCUGGCCCUGGCAGCAGGGACGGAGCACGGCUCCAGUGCUACAGCUGCCAGUCCUUACAGCGGGAGGAACGCUGCAGCCACACGCAGAGCUGCGCCCACAGCCAGCACUACUGUACCACCUUCAUCACCCACGGCAACACCGGGUCAGGGCUCCUGACCACCUACUCCACGUGGUGCACAGACACCUGCCAGCCCAUCAGCAGGACGGUGCAAGGGACCCAGCUGACCGUGACCUGCUGCCAGUCGAUGCUGUGCAAUGUCCCGCCCUGGCACAGGGAUGAACGCGCACCUACGGCCCCGCCAACCCCGGAACCGCGGGCCGUGGACCGGAGGACGGCGAGGACAGCCCGUUCCCAGCCCUCGGCCCGGCGCCAGCAGGAAAUCCCUGAGGAAGGAGGUUCGGCCCCGGGCCAGGAGCGACCCGCGCGGGGCUGCCUGAGGCGAGGCAGGGGCAGCGCCCGGCCCGGGGCCAAGCAGGCUUCCCGCGGCGCCCAGGGGCGGGACGAGCGGCACCGGCAGCGGACGGCGUCCACAGGAGCACCCGUCCACGCCGCGGCCGCAGCGCCACCGAGAGGCCGGAACGUGCGGCUAGAGCGGCCCGGAGGGGGCGUGGCGCGGAGGCCCG